CACAAGAGGUACAAGAGGCUGGCCGAAGUACAAGGAGUGCGAUGAAAACGUGACUUCGAGUUUUGAGACACACCACGGGAAAUUAUUUACAACAUUAUCUAGUUGCCAAUAUGAAUGUCCCAAUCGACGUAUCGUACACCUUGUCACCGAGGUCCAAGCCUCCAAAUAGUCGCUACGGUACCCCGUUUUACUCGGGACGGUAUCGAUUUUUGGGAAAAAGGACACCAAACUUGAAUGACACGCUGUCUACAUUCCCCACAACUUAAGAGACUGAUUCAAAAUGGCAUUGAUAACGCCAUACUGGGGUCUGGAUGGUAUCCUGAUUGUGUCGUCACUGAUGGUUGCCGCUUAUUUGUUCGUGACUCGGAAAUUCAACUACUGGUCGAAACGAGGCGUGAAAGAGCUUCCUCCUACGCCCUUCGUAGGUAACUUCAUGGAUUGUCUUCUGUCAAGGACAUCAGCCUCAGAAUUUGUCAGAGACCUAUAUGAACACGGCGAAGGUUUACCUUUCUUGGGAUUCUAUAUCUUCGAUAAACCUUACCUGUUAAUUCGCGAUCCACAACUCGUGAAGCACGUCCUGGUGAAGGACUUCAGCUAUUUCGCUGAUAGAUACGCGAGUGGAGAUGAGAAAAAUGAUCGUCUUGGAUACGCAAAUGUGUUCUUGAUGAAAAAUCCAGGAUGGAAAUCUCUCAGGGCAAAAUUGACGCCGAUUUUUACCUCGGGCAAGUUGAAGAAAAUGUUCGAGUUAAUGCUGGCGGUCGCCGACGACCUUGGAACACAUCUCGAUUCGUUGCAUUUGAAGGGCGAUGGAAAAGUAAUCGAGUUCAAGGAUAUUUGCGCGAAUUUCACCACCGAUAUGAUCGGUAGCACUGCUUUCGGCUUAAAAGUAGGUUCGUUGGAGAAUUCAAAAGCACCGUUCCGUGAAUGUGGCAGGAAGGUCUUCGAUUAUGAUUUCUAUCGUAACAUGGAAUUCCUUAUUAUAUUCUUCAUCCCUGGAUUAGUUAAGUAUCUUAAACCGAAGUUCUUUGGAAAAAAGGCCACUAACUUCCUCCGAUCUGUUUUCUGGGAUGUGAUUGAACAACGAGUAGAUUCGGGUCAAAAGAGGAAUGAUGUCAUCGAUUUACUGAUCGAGAUGAGGGAGAAAUACAAGAACGACGAAAGUCUGAAGCAUUACAAAUUCGAGGGUGACGAUUUAGUAUCACAAGCGGCCAUAUUUUUUACUGCUGGUUUCGAAACAUCUUCUACCACCAUGUCUUUCACACUGCACGAAGUUGCAUUGAACCCAGAUAUACAGAAGAGACUUAGGGCAGAGAUUCACGAUGCUCUAGAGAAAACUGGUGGCAAAAUCACGUAUGAGAUGAUUAUGACGUUACCAUAUCUUGAUAUGGUUAUUUCGGAAACUCUUCGUAAAUAUCCACCUUUAGCAUUCUUGGAUCGAGUCACUGUUGCCGAUUACAAAGUGCCUAAUUCCGAUCUGGUGCUAGAGAAAGGUACCCCAAUAUUUAUUUCGAUGAUGGGUUCGCACUAUGAUCCGCGAUAUUUUCCAAAUCCGGAAAAAUACGAUCCACUCAGAUUCACCGAGGAAGCCAAAAAUUCCAGGCCAGAUUUUGUAUACUUUCCUUUCGGCGAAGGACCCCACAUCUGCAUUGGUAUGCGAUUGGGACUCAUGCAAUCCAAACUUGGAGUCGUACAGGUAUUGAAGGACUAUGAAGUUUCGCCUUGUGAAAAAACCAAAACUCCAAUAGUUCUAGAUCCCAAAGCACUCACCACGACAGCUUUAGGAGGAUUAUAUCUGAACAUUCGAAAAACUACCACUGCUGCUGGCUAAAGUUUUACAAAUCGCUUGUGAUAAUUUAAAUAUAUUUUACUAUUGGCGAAAUUCAACAAAA